AUGCCCGGAGAGUCUUGUCUUGCUGGGAUGUAUGAAGUUCAAAGCAGGUUUGACGAGGCCGAAAAGCUAUACACGACGGUGCUGAACGCCAAGACAGCCAGUUUUGGAGAAGAAAACUGGAAUACCCUGGGUACAUGGGCUAAUAUCACUUCACUGUGUACCGACCAAGGGCGACUCGAAGAAGCCGAUGAAGCGCGAGUCCGUACAUUGAAAUAUCGAGAAAUCCGACAAAAAGUCCUCGGAAGAGACCAACUGGAAGCGCUGCUUGACUUGCACGAUCUUGCCAUCGUUCGGAUGCGAAGGGGCUAUAUCACCAAUGCUAUUGAUUCGAUGUCGCAAUGUCUCUGGCGCAUUAAUUGA